ACCCUCGAAGAUAUUUUUGGGGUAACUGUUGAUAAGACUUUGGAUGUUGAGAAUCUGAAAACCGAAAUUAAAAGUACCCGACCAAAUUUAUUUCAAAAAGAUUUUGAUCUGUACAAAGUUGUUUUUUUUCAACCUAACCGUUCCUUAAUCUCUUCAGUAAAUAGUCGUAAUGAUAAAGUGAAAACGGUUCCAUUCACCUCCUCAUAUUCCCUAAAGAGGGAUAAUCAAAU